AUGAUUGAUGGUGUAUUAAUUGGUUUAUUAACGAAUUUAAAAGUGCAAUCUAAAUAUGUUGGAACCGGACAUGCAGAUACAAAUAAAUUCGAAUGGAUGGUAAAUCAACAUCGAGAUAGCUAUGCUUCAUAUAUUGGACAUCAUUCUUUAAUCUCUUAUUUUGCUGUAGCGCAAAACGAAAGUAUUGCUAGAGUAAAAUUUGAAUUUGUGGAA